CUGUACUCGGUGACGUCACGCAGCUCUGGGCCGGCCAGCAGAAAUAGGGCAGCUGUCAAGCAGCGGCAGCGGCAUUUUCCUCUCCAGUCGGUUUUCUGUUAGUCGACUGGUAGAGGUGAGCAGCAGCCAACCUUCCUCUCGCCAGCCACUGCGGGCAGCGGUCGCAGCUCCCUGUCCAGGAGAGGCGAACCACAACAAACCCGACGCGUGCUGGAGGAGGUUCUCCUCUUCCACCUUUCUCCUCCUCUUUCUCCUCUGUCCCUCCUCCUAUCUCCCUGCUGCACAUUCGUCCCGCGACUCCUCCAGCCCUGGACGUUCCAGAUUCAAGAUAAUGAAAUCAAGAAGCUUUGGAUUGUUCUUCUUGCUGCUUGAGAUUUAUUUGUCAACCACCCUGGGAUGGAUGCGUUCAGAGACAAGCAGGAGUGUUCCCUCAGAUGUGGGAGGGCUGAAAAAGAAGGAAUUUAGAAAUCUUGAAGUCACAAGAAGAAAAGUGUAUUUUGGCCAUGAUGGUCUACAUGCAUCAUGUGAAAAUAACCAUUGUGGCCGAGGUAGUCGUUGUAUUGUAAAUGAAGAGACUCAGAUGCCAGAAUGUCAAUGUUUGGAAACUUGCAAGUCCACUUACAUGCCAAUAUGUGGAUCUGAUGGCAAAUUUUAUGAAAACCAUUGUGAGCUACACCGGGCCUCAUGUCUGCAGAAAAAGAAAAUCUACAUUGUCCAUAGCAAGGACUGUUUCUUCAAAGGUGACACAUGUACCAUGGCUGACUACAGUCGUCUAAAGCACAUUCUGUUAGACCUACAAAUCCACCGUCACACACAGAGCAGAGAUCCUGGUUCAGACUCAUCAUCCCAGAAACAAUUCCUUGUGGAAUCUCUCUUCAAGUACUUAGAUUAUAAUAGCAAUGGAUACCUCAGCAGCUCUGAACUGACUCAGCUUACAAAGGAGGGGACCCUGGAAAAUGACUUUCUCGGUUGUUCCCUAGAAGACUUACUCCGAUUUGAUGACUACAACAAUGAUGGUUCCCUCAGUUUGCAGGAGUUCUAUACCACCUUCCAAAUAGUUCAUCUUAGUCUUCCUGAGGAGCAGAGGAUUGUUGUUACUACAGUGACUGUUGGACUUAGUACAGUAUUAACAUGUGGCAUCCAAGGGGCACUCAGGCCACCCAUCAUAUGGGAACGCAAUGGAGUCAUCCUAAACUUUUUGGAUUUGGAAGAUAUCAAUGAUUUUGGAGAAGAUGAUUCUCUCUACAUCACCAAGGUGACAACUAUUCACAUGGGCAAUUACACCUGUCAUGCCUAUGGCUAUGAGGAGUUACACCAGACUCACGUCCUUCAGGUGAAUGUACCUCCUGUCAUCCGUGUUUACCCAGAAACUCAGGCCCAGGAACCUGGAGUCUCUGCCAGUCUCAAAUGCCAUGCAGAAGGCAUUCCCACUCCAAGAAUUACCUGGUUAAAAAAUGGCAUGGAUAUUGGACCUAAACUGUACAAGCAGAUCUCUCUCAUAGCCAAUGGAAGUGAACUUCACAUCAACAGUGUGCGUUAUGAAGAUACUGGAGCCUACACAUGCAUUGCUAAGAACGAAGUAGGUGUUGAUGAGGAUAUUUCUUCUCUCUUUAUUGAAGAUUCAGCCAGAAAGACUCUUGCAAAUAUACUCUGGCGAGAGGAAGGUCUCAGUGUGGGAAACGUGUUUUACGUCUUUUCGGAUGAUGGAAUCACGAUCAUUCAACCAACUGACUGUGAGAUCAGGAGGCACAUCAAACCCAGUGAAAAGAUUUUUGCAAGCUAUGAAGAAAUAUGUCCUCAGAUGGAAGGAGAGACCACUCAGUCCUGCCAAUGGUCAUCUGCAGUCAAUGUCAGGAACCGAAAUAUCUAUGUGGCCCAGCCAUUACUGAGCAGAAUUCUCAAAAUAGAUGUACAAACUCAGAAAGUCCAGCAGGCCAUAGGUGUGGACUCACUACCAGCUAAGCUGCUCUAUGACAAGUCACAUGAUCAAGUGUGGGUUCUAAGCUGGGGAGAUAUGCAGAAGUCCCAACCAAGCCUUCAGGUAAUACCUGAAGCAAGUGCAGGUGAAAGCCAGCAACACAUCAUCCGAGUCCCAUUUGAAGGAGUGGAUGAUUUCUUCAUUCCACCUACAAACCUUGUUAUUAAUCACAUCAGGUUCGGCUUCAUCUUUAACAAAUCAAAUUUGACAAUUCACAAGAUUGACCUUGAAACAAUGAUGCUUAUCAAAACCAUAAGCUUACAUAACUACAGUUGCAUCCCCCAUUCCAUGGCUUACACCCACUUAGGAGGUUAUUUUUUUGUUCAGUGCAAAAAGAAUCAAACAGCUCCUGCAUCAUCGCAAGUUGUGAUCGACAGUGUUACAGAUACAGUGAUUGGGCCCAAUGGUGACAUCAAAGGGGCGCCCCAUGUUUCUCCAGAUGGACACUUCUUGGUCAGCACAGAUGAGGACAGUGGCCGGCUCCAGGUGCAGGCCAUCACCACCCGAGGAGAAAUCCAACUAUUGUAUGACUUAGAGACAGGUGUACACCUCUGUGAUCUAGCAUUUCAGCCAUCUUUUACUGAAAGCAAUCAAUAUUAUAUCUAUGCCACAUCACUUUUCCAAACCGAUUUACUUUUUAUGGAGUUGUCAACAGGAAGGAUGGAUACGCUGAAGAACUUAAAGGAGCCUCUUUUAGCCCAGGACUGGCAAUGGGACAGCAACUCAAGGAUUGUGAAAGAUAGUGGAUUAUUUGGGCAGUACCUCAUCACAUCAGCCAAGGAGUCUCUGUUUGUCCUCAAUGGGUGGCAAAAGACAUUAUGCUGUGAGGUAUCAGGGAUCAAGAGAGGUAACACAGUGGUUUGGAUUGGAGAGGUAUGAGAAGGUCUCAAAGCAGAGAAAUGAUGGGACCUUGACACUGCAAUGGAUAAGCAGUAGCAUUGUAUAUUUUUACACUAAUGAAAGAAAAAAUCCCGUAUAAGCUUUGUGGUGCAACACUGGUCUCCUUGCAAAUUUUCUAAUAUAAAGUAUGCUCUGCUAACAAGAAUGGGGUUUCCUAGGGGCUUUUCAUUAGGAAGUAUGAUUUAUGCCUUGAGCUGUGACAAGAACAUAUGCUGCAUAAAGGACUUAUUUCUGUACCGAGGUCCAAGCCACUUGGUGAUGCCAUACAACUGAAAACUUGUACUUUUCUGGGCUGAUAAACUUGUCAGUUGUGUUCAAGUGAUCAGUUUCUUUUCCCUUCUGACUCAGCCCAGCUCCUCUUAACUUUGGGCUUUAAAGCCUAUGGGCAGAAUCCUUAAAAUAGAGGGAGUUUGGAAGAAAUGAAGAAGCUGAUGGAAUAUGGACGUUGAAAUGGAAUGAUUUAAGGCAAUGUGAUUAAUUUCUGCCCCAAGUGGUCAUAACUCUUAGAAAGAGCUCUCAGAUCCAACGGCAGGUAACAGUGACACUGUUUCCCUCUUCGAUUUGUAAUAGCUAAGUAGAAGUAGAAGCUGAGAAGCUUCUGUGCAUACCCUCUAUGGGGAUUCCUCUAGGUCUCCUCAUCAGGUAUUAUUUUCCCCCUUAGCAUUUGAUUUUUAAGUUUUCUUCUUUUUUUUCUUCUUAUUUAUGCUACUGUGGGCCUUAAAAACCAGCAUGACUAGAUUACCUGUCCUUGUCAUAUUGUAUCUCAGAAGGACAGGAGACUUCAUUCCCUUGACUUACUAAAAUUAUUAGAAUUGCACACAUUAGUGAACUAGGGUCUUUCGUGAGGUACAGCAACAUUUCUCCAUGCCUUGUGCCAGAUUCCUGGCAGUCUCAUGGGCAUCCACAUGCCAUACCAUAUAGCCAGCAUGGAGAUGCCCUGGACUGUUACAAUUGGCAAGGAAUGCAGUCUGGAAGAAACUUGGAAAAACUAUGAUUCUCCCUUGAAGACACACACAUUUUUCAAACACCUCACAGACUGAGUUGUUAUAUUGGAAAGUAGAUACCACUUCACUAACUUGUUCCAAAGGAGUCUGGAAAAGGGUUGUUAUAUUCAGUUGCCCUUUGUAACUGAACUGCUGGUGAUUAAAAGAGAAGGUCUUCGUGGCAAGUCUAUUUAUGAGCUGAGCAUUUCAUUAUCAAAGAAAGUGCUUAGGCAUAGCCUGGGACUUUUUCAGAGAGACAAAUGGCAAUAAGAUUGACAUUUCCGCAGGCAUCGUACUAAGAUGAAUGAGUUGUGAUGAUCACAUGUGAAUAACGGGUAUUAGCUUGGAUACUAAAUGUGAUGUGGGUGAGAGAACAAUCUUUAAGUCUAUUCUUUGAAAAUUUCCAUAUAGCAAUCCCAUAGAUACAUGAUAAGAUCAUUCAUUCUUAGGGUGCCCUCUGAAUCAUUAAAAUACCUGAUUUUACUCCAGAUUUAUGUCAUGAUUUGAAGCCUCAUGACCUUUAUUAUCCCCAUCCCAGUGAAACUAUAUAUCACAUUACAAUGUUCUUUCAUCCAAAUGCUUAUAAAUAUUUGUUACUUUAUCAUGUGACCCUAAGGAAGUCAGAAUCAAAAAGACACCAGUUAGCAGUGAUGGCUGACUUCCUGAAAAUUGAGUGGCUUUGAAGAGAGGCAGGUGAGCAUGGUAGUUAUGAUUUACGUAAAAGAGAAGUCUGGAAUAGUCCUCAAAUGUACUGCUAAGAAAGUGUUGCUGUUGUUACUGUAGUUCUCUCUGUAAAAAUCACAAGUCAAAUAUACUAUCUAAGAUAGGAAAGACCCCUAAUGCUUUCUUGAACGUGCAAUUCAUUUAAUGUCAGUGGGAUGAAACUUGCCUACUAUAUACUUUCGUCUUGAACAAGAAUAUUUGAUCUUAUGAGCCAUAGGAGGUUGGAUGAGGCUCCGCCCUCAUCCCUAUGUGGCCAUAAAAGCCUGAGCAUAGCCUUCACCUUUGACUGUGUUCUCUGUUCUGUCUCAUCACUUUCAGGGAAAGGAAGGAAUGGACUUUGUAAGUACUCUUUAAAUAUGCACAAUUCCUUUCUAAACCCUACAUGUGUCUAUCCAUUAUCUCUGUUGCCCAGGUGUUGUAAGCCCCAGUCAUAAUAUUCUCCUAUCUCAUCCCCUCCUGUAGCCCUGUUCUUUAGUGUGUUUACUUAGAAAAGAUUAAUGUGGUUGGGAGGAAAUUAGAAAGAACUUUUUGCUCUUAUUUUUUAUAAAUGUAAAACUUGUAAAUAUCUGUUGAUGUUGAUAACUUUGAAAGGGGAAGAUUUAUUCGUUGGACAACUUGGAAGACCGAUCUCCCUUGUUUCUCUUUGAUUUAAAGCUUUUGACAGGAUGUCAUUUUUGACUCCAAAGGACUUUUUUUUGUCUAGGGUGUCCCAUGCUGUCAUGUUCUCCUCCAAAAGACAGGAGGCCUCCCUCUUUGGCUGAUGUCUAAACAGAAAGAUUCAUGGCAUAACAAAAUGCUUUUUCACUUUACAGGAGGAUACAUUGUAGUAUUCCUUUAAAUAAUGAAUUCCCCUUAAUACUCAAUAUAAAUCUGCACCCAAGAAAGCAACAUGUAUACACACACAUACACACAAUGACACUUGCACAAAUUUUCAAGAUCAUAUCUGUUGUAUAAAGUUAGUUACAUCUGUAUUCACUCUAAAUAGCAGGACAACCAUGAAAUUAGUAGUAUGCAAAAUAAGCCUGUCAACAAUCACUGAGCUGGAUCCUUCAACAUGGAGUCCUAAGAUGCUGUACAAUUCUGUAGGACAGGGGCAAGUAGGACCUCUUGUCAUCCUUCCUCUUUCUCUUAAAAAUGUGAGUUGCUUUCCCACUUUCUCUGUAUGUGAAAUCUGUAAGUCUUUCAAUCUGUAAUGGAAACAUAUAAAUUGGUCUAGCCGACCUAGAUUUGUUCUAUGCCAACCUUUGUAUUAUUUAGUUUGAGUGUAGAGCAAAUUUCUUAGUGAAGUAGACAGAACAUGACAUUUGGAAUCAGGAAGACGAGACUGGAGUCUCCAAUCUAGCCUCGGACAUUUUCUGUCUUUGUAACCUUAGAGAAGUCACCUUACCUUUCAGCCUUAGUUUCUUCAUCUGUAAAAUUAGAAUGAUAAUACCUCCUAACAUAACAUAGAGGAUUGUUAUAAGAAUCAAAUUAGAUGAUGUAUAUAAAAUGCUUUACAAACC